GUUGGGUACUGGAUAAGGGGGUUAUUUUCCAUAGUGCAUAUUGGGGUAACCAAUGUGGUUGAAUUACAACUCACAUAAUCCUUGACCAUUGGCCGUGCUGUCUGGGGCUUAUGGGAGCUGUAACCCAACAACUUCCAGAGGGCACUAUGUCAUCUAUCCUUGAUAUCUGUUCUAUUUCAUGUUUUACAGUUGCAGACUACAACGUGUAAUGAGCUGCUGAAGCAGUUAAACUUUUAUUUAUUUCAAACUUUUACAUUCCACUUUUCUGCUAUGUAAGCCUUCAAGGCAGAUUUUUUUUAAAAAAAAUUGUGGGGCAGGGGGAGCACACAAUCCAAUAACAAAGAGUUUUAAAAACUAAAACUAUAAAAUUAAAAAAUCAUAAUACCAGGUACAAACAGAAAGCAUGUUGGAGAGUGGCAAAACGGUUUAACUAUUAAAAGCCUGGAAUGCCCUUGCUGAAAAUUCAGGCUCAGACCUUCUACCUCUUCCUGUAGUUGAAUUCUGUAAAAAGGCAGGUCCUAUGUUCUGAGAAGGGAUUAAGAACCAUUGUGGCUGACUUUCCUUAUAAACAGUCUGGCUCUGAUAACUAAUUCUGCAGUUUAUUGUGACAUGUUCAUUGUGGCUUUUGCGGUGCUGUUUUUUCUUUCUUUCAGGUUAACACCUUCCAAAUAGUCCUCAUCACCGACGGCAUGCUGUCCUUCACUAUCUUCAACUAUGAGUCCAUCACCUGGACCACCGGAAUGCAUGCCAGCAGUGGAGGAGACUCAGCAGGCCUGGGAGGCAUUGCGGCCCAGGUAGACUCCAUGGUCACACCUUGCAAGCAAGUUUCAAUGCCGGUGAUGGAAAGCGGUAUUUUAACAUCCCCGGAUCCCGCACUGAUGACAUUGUCGACGUGGAGAUGACGACAAAUGUGGGUAUCCCCGGGCGCUGGGUGUUCAGAAUCGAUGAUGCCCAGGUGCAAGUGGGGGGCUGCAACAACACAACAUCGGUGUGCCUGACACUCCGCCCUUGUCUGAAUGGAGGGAAGUGUAUUGAGGACUGCAUCACAGGGAACCCGUCCUACACUUGUUCUUGUCUGGCUGGCUUCACUGGAAAGCGAUGCCAUAUUGAUGUGGAUGAGUGCUCUUCCAGCCCAUGUCAGAACAAAGCCUCCUGCAUUGAUGGCAUCAACAGCUUCAGUUGCUGGUGUCCACCAGGAUUUAAAGGAGCCACGUGUGAAGUUGAGGAGUCUCCAUGUGAAGCCAAAGAGUGCCAGAAUGGCGGGGAAUGCCAAGUGGCCAACAGAACAGCUGUGUGCCUUUGCCAGCCAGGUUUUACCGGAGAAGAUUGUGAAACAGAAAUAAACGAAUGUGAUUCCAACCCAUGCCUGAACGGUGGGCGAUGUAUGGACCUAGUGGACAAUUACACCUGUGUGUGUGUGGCGCCAUUCACAGGACAGCGCUGUGAAACAGAUCCUUCAGCCUGUGAGGGCAGGAACUGCAGGAACCGACAGACGUGCAACUAUAUCCGCCCAGGGCGCUACAUCUGCACAUGCUCUCCAGGCUAUUAUGGAAACAACUGUCAAUAUGGUGGGCCCAGAAUGCCCAGUGCCUGCAUGUCCAAUCCAUGUCAGAACGAAGGUUCUUGCCUUGAAAGCAGCCAAGGAUAUGUGUGUGAGUGUGCGGAAGGAUACACAGGCACUGACUGCGAAGACAAGCUCUCAGAGGACUGUGAGUGUCGGAACGGGGGGAAGUGUCUGGAUGGAAACGUCACCAUAUGCCAGUGCCCGCCAGGAUAUUUUGGUCUUCUCUGUGAAUUUGAAGUGACCGCAACACCUUGCAAUAUGAACACCCAGUGCCCAGAUGGAGGCUACUGUAUGGAGUAUGGUGGCAAUUACCUUUGUGUGUGCCAUACGGAUUACGGCACAAACCACACUGAGCCACCCUCUCCUUGUGACUCGGAUCCUUGUCUGAAUGGUGGAUCAUGUGAAGCUCAAGAGGACUCCUACACCUGUGAAUGUACCCGAGGCUUCGUCGGCAGGCACUGCGAAAAAGCAAAGCCAAAGCUGUGCAGUUCUGGGCCCUGCCGCAAUGGAGGGACGUGUAAAGAAUCAGAUGGAGAAUACCACUGCACCUGUCCGUACCGCUUCACGGGGAAGCACUGUGAGAUAGGCAAACCUGACCCCUGUGCCUCAGGGCCUUGUCAUAAUGGGGGGACCUGUUUCCACUAUAUCGGCAAGUACAAAUGCGACUGCCUCCCAGGAUAUUCCGGGCGACACUGCGAGAUAGCUCCUUCUCCUUGCCUCCUGCAUCCAUGUGAAAAUGGAGCCACUUGUCAGGAUCUUGGCAACAGCUAUUUGUGCACAUGCCCAGCUGGCUACACAGGAAGGCACUGCCAAUCAGAGGUAGACUGUGGUAUCCCUAAGGAGGUGAAGCAUGCCCAGGUGGCAUUCAACUCCACUAAGCUGGGCUCUCUGGCAGAAUACCAGUGUGAUAUGGGUUAUGUUCUCAGUCCCCAGAAUAACCCCAGGGUGUGCAGAACACAAGGUGCCUGGAGUGACCCUCCAGAGUGUAACGAAAUUGAUGAAUGCAGAUCUCAGCCGUGUCUGAACGGAGGCUUGUGUAAAGAUCGAAUUGCCGCUUUCCUGUGCUUGUGCAAAACUGGCUAUACAGGACACCACUGUGAGUUGGAGAUUGAUGAAUGCCUGUCUGAUCCAUGCAAGAAUGGUGGGACCUGCACAGAUCAACCGGGAUCCUUUGCCUGUCAUUGUCCUGAGGGUUUCAUUGGAACUCAGUGUGAAACGGAAGUGGAUGCCUGUGAAUCAAACCCUUGUCGGAACGGAGGAGAUUGCGAAAAUUACAGUGGCUCCUACCUGUGCGUCUGCCCAGAGGGCUUCUUUGGCUACCAUUGUGAAAUAGCUAGUGACCCCUGUUUCUCCAACCCCUGUGGGAGCAGAGGCUACUGCCUGCCCAGUAACGGAUCUCACAUCUGUACCUGCAAAGUGGGCUAUACUGGCAACAACUGUGAGAAAGAGCUGCUGCCACCAACGUCAUUAAAGGUGGAAAAGGUGGAGGAGACAGGGCUGACAAUCUCUUGGCGCCCUCCCAUGGACCUGGCUGCCAAGCAAAUGAUUGAUGGCUACGCCGUGACGUACGUAUCCUUCGACGGCUCUUACCGCUGGACUGAUUAUGUGGACCGAAGCCGUGCUGCCCACCAUUUGCGGGCACUAGCCUCCGGCAAAGCCUACAAUAUUUCUGUCUUUUCAGUCAAACGCAAAUCGAACAACAAGAAUGAUAUCAGCAGGCCCGUCAUGCUCGUCACUCGUACUAGACCUCACCCAGUGGAGGGAUUUGAAAUUGCCAAUGUGACUGCCACAACCAUUACUGUGCAAUGGGCUCUCCACAGGCUCAAGUACGCCACGGUCAGCAAGGUGCGUGUGUCCAUACGGCAGCCGGAUGAUGUGGAGGAUCGUGCUGUGGAGUUAAACAAUACCGUGACAAAAUACACAUUCUGGGACCUUCAGCCAGGGCAGAAGUAUCUUAUUCACAUGUGGACCUUGAGUGGCCUCAGUGCGGAAGACCAUCCCACUGAGAGCUUUGCUACUGCACCCGUCUAUGUGUGGACACGACCUCUUCCUCCUAGAAACCUCACGGCGUCCAGAGUCACAGCCACCUCUGUUCAGAUGGUCUGGGAACAGCCUCUGGUUGGCACAGUGGAAGGUUACAUCAUCAAUGUCACCACCAGUCAAAGUGUGAAGAGCCGCUAUGUGCCUAAUGGGAAGCUGUCUUCCUACACAGUGCGUGACCUGAACCCAGGUCAAAGGUAUCGCUUAUCAGUGAUGGCUGUUCAGAACACAGAUCAAGGACAAGUGACUAGCGAGCCUGCCCACCUGUACAUUACGGCCUUGCAGAAGGAUGGCACCCCAGAAAGGCGCUGGAGCCAAACAGGGCAUCCCCGUGUGCUGAGAAACCGGGUCCCCCCGGCAUUCCUGCCAGAACUGCGUCUGCUUGCUGAUCACAAUGCCCCUGAGGAACCCUCACAAGCACCUAGGUUUACAGAGCUAGUGGAUGGCAGAGGGAGGAUCACCACUAAAUUCAGCAACUUGCCCAGUAGAUCUGUCACUGUGAGAACACAACCUGAGGCUCCCAUGAAAGUGGAAGAAAAUGGGGAGGAAUCAACCAAACAGGUCAGCCAGGCACUGCACCUAUCAGAACCUGAGAACAGCAAGAGGGAAAGUGGCAAACAGAACUGUUCCAUAAACGUCUGUCAAAACGGGGGGACCUGUGUUGCUGGCCCAGAGUCUUACCACUGCGAUUGUAAUCCUGGAUUCAAGGGCAGACAAUGUGAACUAGCCUGCAAGAAGGUGCCUCAGUCUUGUACCCGGCUUUACUCAGAAACCAAAUCUUUUCCAGUCUGGGAAGGAGGUGUCUGUCAUUAUCUAUACAAGAGGAUCUACAAAGUGCACCAGGAUGUCUGCUACAAGGAGAGCUGUGAGAGCACCGUUUCAAAUAAGGCACACAGCAGAAAACAAAGUAACAGACACUGAAGCCAUAUAGUUCCAGAACACUCAACAUUUCUUCUAACUGGAUUGGAAAAAAGGAGAGACCCUUCAGCAAGAUCUAUGGGCUUUUCCUCCUUUGCCUUGUUCAGCAGGUGUUCACCAAAUAGCCAUAUCCCUCUCU